UUGUAAUAUUUAAUUUAUUUAUUACCUAUGGUGAUACAUUUCUUCCAAGUCCACACAGUUAUGAUGAGUUAUAUUAUGAAAUUAUUCGUAUGCAUCAAGUUUUUGAUAAUCUAUAUUCAAUGGCACUGCGUUAUUCAACAAAUGGUGGAGAGUAUAAUGAUUCUGCGGCACAGCUUACGAGUAAUCUUGUAAAUAUUAGGGCUAUUAUUAAUCAUUUUACUCCCAAGAUAGAUUCUUGGACUGCAGCUAACCAUCUUUCUUCACUGACUGCUGAACAGGUUUUAGAUGUUGUUCGGAGUAACUACGAUACACUCACUUUAAAAUUACAAGAUAAUUUAGAUCAGUAUGAGAGAUACUCAGAGAAGCCAACAGAAACAGCAUUCUUUACAUAUUUGGUGAGGUCAAUUAUUUCUGAUUUCAGACAGCAUAUAAGUUUAAACAAUCUACAACAACUGAGUGUUCUGCAAGAGUUCUCAAGCUUAUCAUGA